AUUGAAACAGUAUCUUCCGCCCCACUCUCUUUCAACUCUCUUUUUUGGCUUUUCUGUAUUAUGGACAAAAUGCUCUUCCCCACAAGCUACUGAUAAACCCUUUUUCACACAAACCUUUCAGCUUGAUGAAUUGAGCACUUACUUGUUUUUUCGAGGUUUUAUAACACCUCACCAUUUUAGGCUCCCUCUGAUAUGAAAAUGGAAGAAAACCUCGACUGUCCGCCCUCAAAUCUCCUCUGUUUGGAAAUCACGAACUCUUGCUUUGACGAGGAUCUCGAUUUCAAUUCCUUGAAUGAGUUUGGGGUUUCCCCUGGUUGUGACCACCACCUUAAAAAUCAAAUCUUUAAUCAACAAGACCCCUUUUUUAUAAACGACAUAUCAACUUCUUUGAUGGGUUGUUCUGGUUUUGCGAUACAAAGUGAUGAUAGAAUCAAAGAGAUGGUUGAAAAAGAGGUGGAGCAUUUGCCUGAAGAUGAUUAUCUCAAGAGACUCAGAACUGGAGAUUUGGAUUUGAGUGUUAGGAGAGAGGCUCUUGAUUGGGUUUGGAAGGCUUCAGCUUAUUACCAUUUUGGACCUUUGAGUAUUUGCCUAGCCAUUAACUAUUUGGACCGAUUCCUAGCAGUUUAUGAUUUACCUAGAGGUAAAACAUGGACCGUACAAUUGCUUGCUGUUGCUUGUUUAUCAAUUGCAGCCAAAAUGGAGGAGACAAAAAUGCCUCUACUUGUAGAUUUGCAGGUUGGAGAACCAAAGUUCGUGUUUGAAGCUAAAACAAUAUACAGAAUGGAGGUUUUGGUUUUAUCCACAUUGAAGUGGAAAAUGCAAGCCAUUACGCCUUGCUCUUUCAUUGACUACUUCCUGAGUAAAAUCUGCAAUGAUCAAUCUCCAUCAUCAAGUUCAAUGUCUAAAUCAUUACAACUGAUAAUAAACACAAUCAAAGGUAUUGACUUCUUGGAAUUCAGACCAUCUGAGAUAGCUGCAGCAGUGGCAAUUUCUGUAUCAGGAGAGAUGCAAACAGUAGCAAUUGACAAGGCAAUUUCAUCUUUCACCUUUGUACAAAAGGGUAGAGUAUUGAAGUGUGUUGAACUGAUGAAAGAUUUGUCAUUCAUUAAUGGUGCUGCUGCUGUUGCAACUCGACACUCAUCAGCUGCCGCUUCUUCCACUGUGCCCCAAAGCCCCAUUGGGGUGUUGGAUGCAGCUGCAUGCCAGAGCUAUAAAAGUGAUGAAAUAACAGUUGGCUCUUCGGCGAAUUCUUCUCAUUCUAGUCCCGACAUUAAAAGGAGAAAACACGACGAUGACGAUGACAACAACGACAACGAUAAAACUUCCAGACAGGAUUGUCAUGAGAUGUGAAUUUACCCUUCCUUUUUUAAUUAAUUAUUUUAAAUAGUCUAAAAUCAAUAUGGUUGAAUGGGAACUUUGGUGUGGUUUGGGAGCUCAAAUAGUGAGAAAUGGGAAAAUACAAAAAAGAAAGAAAAAAG